GAGCCGGCUCCGUCCGCCCGCCCUUCCCGGAGCCCGACAUGGCGGAGUAUUCCUGCGUCAAAUCCACCAAGCUCGUCCUCAAAGGAUCGAAAGAGAAGAGCAAGAAAAAGCACAAGGAAAAGAAAAGGAAAAGGGAAGAGGAUGCGGCAGAGCAGCUCGAUAUUGUUGGAAACUGGUGGGCUGUCAGUAAUUUUGGUGAAAUUACAGGAACUAUAGCUAUAGAAAUGGAUAAAGGAGCUUACAUCCAUGCCCUCGACAAUGGCUUGUUUACACUUGGAGCACCACAUAAAGGUGAUGAAGGCCCUAGUCCUCCUGAGCAGUUUACAGCAGUUAAGUUAUCUGAUACAAGGAUUGCUCUCAAGUCUGGUUAUGGCAAAUACCUUGGUAUAAACUCAGACGGGCUUGUUGUUGGACGUUCCGAUGCAAUAGGAUCAAGAGAGCAGUGGGAACCUGUCUUCCAAGAUAGGAAAAUGGCAUUACUAGCAGCAAACAGCCGUUUUAUCAGGUGUAAUGAAGAGGGGGACAUAGAAGCCAAAAGCAAAACUGCAGGGGAAGAAGAAAUGAUAAAGAUUCGUACUUGUGCUGAAAGAGAAGCUAAGAAGAAAGAUGACGUUCCACAAGAAGACAAAGGAAACGUUAAACAAUGUGAAAUCAAUUACGUGAAGAAAUUCCAAAGUUUUCAAGACAAAAAGCUUAAAAUAAGCAAAGAAGAUACAAAAGCCCUUAGGAAAGCCAGAAAAGAAGGCACUUUUCAUGAAAUGCUACUUGACAGGAGAGCUAAAGUGAAAGCAGAUAGAUACUGCAAGUGACAUCCAGCUGGCCCAUUUUCUUCUGCAACUUUGAUGGCAGCGUCAAAUUGAAAAAGAGUAAAAUAUUUUAUAGGUGUUUUUUAUUUAAAGAUUUUUUUUAAGUAUCUUGAGGAAUUGUAUUAAAAUUUUCUCAAAUAUUAAUAAUCCAGUUAUCUUGUUAACUGUAUAAUUUGUGAAUACUUGGCUUGUAUGAAGGGAAUGGCUCCAACAAAAAUUAAAGGUAAAUCAAUUAAUAAUGGUAA